AUGCGAGUCCAGAAAGCCGAAAAUGUCAACAAGGCUUUGGAAUUUAUCACUUCCAGAGGCGUUAAAUUGACAAAUAUUGGGCCUGAGGACAUAAUCGACGGAAAUGUUAAGCUUAUUCUAGGAAUGAUAUGGACACUUAUUUUAAGGUUCACGAUUGCGGAUAUUAGGUUGCGAGAGGGUCUCUCGGCUAAAGAAGGUCUCCUCCUGUGGUGUCAACGAAAGACAGCAGGUUACAAGGAGGUCGACGUCCAAGACUUUGGGUACAGCUGGUCAGAUGGCUUGGCUUUAUGCGCACUUAUACAUCACCAUCGACCCGAUUUGAUCGAUUACGGUUCACUAGACAAGACCGACAAGUAUACAAACACCAAGCUCGCAUUCGAUGUCGCAGAAAAGCACCUUGGCAUUCCUCAACUCCUAGACGUAGAAGAUUUAUGUGAUGCGAACCCUCCCGACGAACGAUCGGUAAUGACCUAUAUCGCCAGUUUCUUUCACGCAUUUUCAUCAAUGGACCAACAAGAAACCGUUUCACGCCGAAUCGAGAAGUUUGCGGAUUUAAUGUAUUCAGUCUGGUUGAGCAGGAACGACUACGAGAAACGUAUGCGUGCUCUUCUGGCCGAAUGGUCUGAAAAAACUGCUACCCUCGGCUCAAAUGUUUUCGACGGUACGUACACAGAUGCAAAGCAACAACUCGUCGAAUUUCAAGCGUACAAGAAUGCAUCCAAACGCCAGUGGGUAUCGGAGAAACAAGACCUGGCAAUGCUAUAUACCAAUGUACAGACCAAGCUGAGGACUUAUGGGCUGAGGGAAUAUGUUCCUCCUGAGGGCUUGGAACUUUCGAACAUGGACGAGGCUUGGUCCGCACUUUUGGCGGCUGAAGCUACUCGUUCGAAGAGUAUCAAUGCUCAAAUUCGAGAAAUCAAGGAAUCGUUGCGUAAAAAGUUUGCAAAUGUCGCAAACAACUUUGAACGCCGACUUCGAGACCUUUCUAAUGAGCUGUCAAACUUGGACGGACCUCUUGAGGACCAACUUACAUCAGCCAAGAUAAUUCAGACCCGACUCGGCCCUUUUUCCGAAUCACUCAAAGACGUAGCAAGUACGGAACAAGAAUGCCUAGCGGCCAACGUAGAAGAAAACGAUUACACCAUUUUCACGCACCAAGAUCUACAGUUUGAGUUAGAACUUGUUAUACAGAAUGUUGUACAGAAGAUUUCGUUUAUUGAUAACCAGAUUGUGGCACGAAACAUGAGCAACCUCACUCCGGCGCAACUCGAGCAAUUUGAAAGCACGUUUAGGUACUUUGAUAGGAACGAAACUAAUACGCUCGAAUUGGCUGAGAUGACAGCCGCGCUCGCGAGUCUUGGAAUUGUCUAUUCAGAGGAAGAUUUGAUUACCAUACAUGAACAAUUGACGGAAGACUACGGCGCUGUUACUUUCGAGGCUUUUAUUAAUCUACUCGUCGAUAUAACCGAGGAUCAAACAUCUCCCGCCCAGCUCCGGGAUGCGUUCCGUGGACUAGCAGGAGACAAGCCAUUCGUAACAGAGGUCGAUCUUCGAGCCGCACUUCUUCCACCAACUGCGGUUGAAUAUCUCCAACAAGCCAUGCCCCGGCGAACUGGUUCUGACACAGAGUUUGAUUAUGAGGCCUGGUUGGAUGACGUUUUCGCAUAG